UAAAGACCUAAAACGCACACUCUUUGUCUCCUCUCUUUCUCUCUCUCUCUAGCCGAUCGUAAGAAAAAGUUCGUCAAAACCAUGGACGCGACGAAGCUAAGUGAACUAAAGGUCUUCAUCGAUCAAUGCAAGUCUGACCCUUCCCUUCUCUCCACACCUUCUCUCUCCUUCUUCCGCGAGUAUCUCGAGAGUCUUGGUGCCAAGCUACCUACUGGUGCUAAUGAAGAACACAAAGACACCAAAGAGAAGAGUUUCGUAGUGGAAGAAGAGAGUGAUGAUGAUAUGGAGGAAACAGAAGAUCCCAAACCCAAAGUGGAGGUAGAAGAGGAAGAAGAAGAAGAGGAUGAGAUUGUUGAAUCUGAUGUUGAGCUUGAAGGAGACACUGUUGAGCCUGAUAAUGAUCCUCCUCAGAAGAUGGGAGAUUCGUCGGUGGAAGUGACCGAUGAGAACCGAGAAGCUUCUCAAGAAGCUAAGGGCAAGGCCAUGGAGGCUCUCUCUGAAGGAAAGUUUGAUGAGGCAAUUGAGCAUUUGACUCAGGCAAUAACGUUGAAUCCUACUUCAGCUAUUAUGUAUGGAAACAGAGCCAGUGUCUACAUUAAGCUGAAGAAGCCAAACGCUGCUAUUCGAGACGCAAACGCUGCAUUGGAGAUUAAUCCUGAUUCUGCCAAGGGAUACAAGGCACGAGGUAUGGCUCACGCCAUGCUUGGAGAAUGGGCAGAGGCUGCAAAAGACCUUCACCUUGCAUCUACCAUAGACUAUGAUGAGGAAAUUAGCGCAGUGCUCAAAAAGGUUGAACCUAAUGCGCAUAAGCUAGAGGAGCACCGUAGGAAGUAUGACAGACUACGCAAGGAAAGAGAUGACAAAAAGGCUGCACGUGAUAGACAACGUCGCCGCGCUGAAGCACAGGCUGCAUAUGAUAAAGCUAAGAAGGAUGAACAAUCAUCCUCAAGCAGAGGAGGUGGUUUCCCGGGAGGUAUGCCCGGCGGCUUUCCGGGUGGAAUGCCAGGCGCAUUCCCUGGAGGAAUGCCCGGCGGGUUCCCCGGAGGUUUCCCUGGAGGAAUGGGAGGAAUGCCUGCCGGAAUGGGAGGAGGCAUGCCCGGAAUGGGAGGAGGAAUGCCCGCCGGAAUGGGAGGUGGCAUGCCUGGAAUGGGAGGAGGAAUGCCCGCAGGAAUGGGAGGAGGAAUGCCCGCUGGAAUGGGAGGUGGUAUGCCCGGAAUGGGAGGAGGCAUGCCCGGUGCAGGCGGGGCUGGUGGUAUGCCGGGUGGUGUUGACUUCAGCAAAAUAUUGAAUGAUCCUGAGCUAAUGAUGGCAUUUAGCGAUCCAGAAGUCAUGGCUGCUCUUCAAGAUGUGAUGAAGAACCCUGCGAAUCUGGCUAAGCAUCAGGCGAAUCCGAAGGUGGCUCCAGUGAUUGCUAAGAUGAUGGGCAAGUUCGGAGGAGCACCUAAGUAGAAGAAACAAAACAAAAGGGCUUUUGUCUUUUGCAAUUUAUGAGUUUUAACUUCAUGAGAUGAAGUAUGUGGAAUUAUUUAUUUUUUCUUAGCGUUUUCUUUGUCAGAGAAAUUUGAACAGAAGACAGAACUAUUUACUCUUUCUUUUUUGUCAUUUGACUUUAUGAGUUUUGCA